AGUUAGGGAUCCAGCCUCCUUCACUGAGGACUAAUCAAUAGACAAAAGUGUGUGUGUGAGUGUGUGUGUGCGUGAAUGCGUGUGUGUGUGUUGGGGGUAGGAGGGAGGUUAAUGAAGUGGGUACAGGAGAGGAGCACACUAACACACACAGAGGCACACACACAGUCACAGCCUUUCCUGACUCGAGCGACCCUGUCCACUCCGCGCCACGUCCCUCAGCGGCGACUCCUGUAGGACGACGAGGUUCUUCUGCUUCUGCCCCAGCGUGUCUGUCAGAGGCGCAGUGCUCAAGUCACUCAAAAGAGCUCAACGCCUGGUGUCUGUAGAAAGUUCUGGGCGUGUGUUGGAGGACUCUGAGCGGACAGAUGCUGCUGCUGGGCUGCGGAGCGUCCGGCGGUGUUCCGUGCGUCGGUGUUCCAUCCGGCGGUGUUCCGUGCAGUGGACGGGAGCGUUCGGUGCGCUGGGAUUGGAGUCGGACUGGGAGAGCGAUGGCAGCCUGGGUCAUCCUAUCAGCCUGCAUGUGCUACAACACACACGCUCAGAUGAGGAUCCCACCAGAGACGGUGCAGGAUUGGGCCAACACACUUGGGCGUCAGCUCGUCGCCUUGACAGCCAGAUACUCCGGAGCCCUCCUCCUGCAGAAGAAGUAUAAGGACAUUGAGCCCAUCGUGAAGAUGGAGGAGGUUGACGGAAAUGAGCUGGUGCAGAGCUUCGCCGAGGAGAUGGAGAGGAUGCUGGGCAGGAAGAUGAAGUCUGUCAAGAGAUUGGCUGAGGCUGCCGAAGAUGCUGACCUGUACCAUGAAUUCAACGCCACUUUGGGGUUUGACUACUACAACUCAAUGCUGAUCAACACAAUGGAUGACGAGGGCAACUACAUCGAGCUGGGCGGAGAGUUCGCCCUCGAGGAGAACGAGCACUUCAACAAGCUCCCCGUGAACACACAGCAGAGCAACAUACAGGUGCCCACCAACGUGUACAACAAGGACCCUGAUAUCCUGAAUGGGGUGUACAUGUCUGAGGCUCUCAACGACAUCUUCAUCAGCAACUUUGAGAAGGACCCGACUCUUACCUGGCAAUACUUUGGUAGCUCCACAGGAUUCUUCAGACUUUACCCUGGCAUUAGGUGGACACCAGAUGAGAAUGGAGUCGUCACCUUUGAUGCUCGGAAUCGUAACUGGUACAUCCAGGCCGCCACCUCCCCGAAGGACAUCAUCAUCGUGGUGGACAUCAGCGGGAGCAUGAAGGGGCUGCGUCUGACCAUCGCCAAGCACACCAUCAACACCAUCCUCGACACGCUCGGCGAGAACGACUUCGUCAACGUCAUCGCCUACAGUGACUAUGUGCGGUACGUGGAGCCCUGCUUCAAAGGCACGCUGGUGCAGGCUGAUCUGGACAACCGAGAGCACUUCAAGCUGCUGGUUGAGGGGUUGCAUGUGAAAGGAGAAGGGAAAGUCAAGAAGGCCAUGAAGGAAUCCUUCCGCGUCCUCAACCAGGCGGCUACGUUGGGGGUGGGUAGUCUGUGUAAUCAGGCCAUUAUGCUGAUCACAGACGGAGCCAUGGAGGAUUUCCAGCAGGUGUUUGCAGAUUUCAACUGGCCAGAUCGCAGGGUGCGCGUCUUCACCUACCUGAUAGGACGGGAGCUCACCUUUGCAGAGAAUGUCAAGUGGAUCGCCUGCAAUAACAAAGGUUACUACACCCACAUCUCCACCUUGGCUGACGUUCAGGAGAAUGUCAUGGAGUAUCUCCACGUCCUGAGCCGACCAAUGGUCAUCAACCACGACCAUGACAUCAUCUGGACUGAAGCCUACAUGGACACUGUGCUCUUCAGCUCUCAGGCCCAGAGUCUGCUGCUGAUGACAUCGGUGGCCAUGCCUGUGUUCAGCAAGAAAGAGGAGACGCUGUCCCACGGCAUCCUGCUUGGGGUGGUGGGCACUGACGUUCCUCUGAGAGAGCUGAUGAGGCUGGCCCCAAGAUACAAGCUAGGAGUCCAUGGGUAUGCCUUCCUCAACACCAAUAACGGAUACAUCAUGUCUCACCCUGACCUGAGGCCACUGUAUAAGGAGGGGAAGAAGCUGAAACCCAAACCAAACUACAACAGUGUGGACCUGUCUGAGGUGGAAUGGGAAGACACAGAGCAGAUACUGAGAACUUCUAUGGUGAAGGGGGAAACAGGAACUCUGUCUCUGGACGUCAGAGCCACAGUGGAGAAAGGGAGACGAGUUAUUUUUCUGAAGAACGACUACUUCUACACCGCCAUUAAGGAGACACCAUUCAGUUUGGGAAUGGUGUUGACUCGUGGCCAUGGGGAGUUCAUCUUCCUGGGAAACGUUUCCGUGGAGGAGGGUCUGCAUGACCUAACGGCCUAUGACGUGUCCAUAGCCAAUGAGUGGACGUACUGUGAGACGGACAUUGACCCGCACCACCGCAAGUACACACAGCUGCAGGCCGUCAUCCGCUACCUCAUGGGGAAGGAACCUGAACUGGAGUGUGAUGAGGACCUGCUGCGUCAGACGCUGUUUGAUGCCGUGGUAACGGCUCCCAUGGAGGCCUACUGGACCGCCAUCAUGCUGAACGUCUCUGGUAUUGAUGAGGGAGUUGAGACGGCCUUCCUGGGGACCCGCUCUGGACUCAUGCGACUCAUCAGAUUCGUCGGCCCUGAGAAACGUGUUGGAAAGAAGUUCUUGUCUGCAGCGGAUAAGGAGAACAUCUUCACUCUGGACCACUUCCCCCUCUGGUACCGCCGUGCUGCAGAGUACCCAGCCGGAAAGUUCCUCUACUACCUGCCCAAGGAGGACACCAGAGAUGUUUUCAGGGAUUAUGAGUCCGAUUAUAGCGCCUCCAUCAGGCCGGAGGACCUUGAACUGGAGGACGAGGAUGGAGAGAUGAUCGUGAUCGCCACCAGUGCAGUGACCGUGACCGUGGACAAGAAGGUGGCCAUCGCUGGAGCCAUUGGCGUUCAGAUGACCCUGGAGAUGCUGGAGAAUAGGGUUUGGUCCAUUGCUACACAGCCCAACGACACGGAUUGUUCUGGAGUUGAAGGCCUAUGUCCACUCAGCUGUAGUAUGAAUGAGAUAAAUUGCUAUGUGACUGACAGCAAUGGCUUCGUCAUUGUCUCCAAGGACCGAAGUGACGUGGGGCGCUUCUUUGGGGAAGUUGAUGGGUCUGUCAUGGCUCAGCUGCUGCGGAUGGGCAUGUUCAAACGGGUAUCGCUGUAUGACUACCAGGCCAUGUGUAAGGUUGGCACCCACUCUGCCAGCAGUGCUCGGCCACUUCUUAGUCCCUUCUAUGGUAUUUUGGGAGUCCUGAAGUGGUUUCUCUCCAACUUCAUGCUGUUCCUGUUGGACUUCAAUUUCUGUGGCCUUUGGCAUUCAGACCAGUUUGUGGACGCUGGAACGUUUCAUGCCACCAAUAAGAAGAAGUCAGGGGACAUUCUGCAGCCGUGUGACACUGAGUAUCCCAGUUUCGUCUACGAGCCAUCUAUCAAGGAGACCAACAGUGUCAUCAAAUGUGGACGCUGUCAGAAGGUGUUUGUGAUCCAGCAGAUCCCUGAUAGUAACCUGCUGAUGGUUGUGGUGCAGGCGGACUGUGACUGCUCACGCCAGUAUGGGCCGAUCACCAUGAACCCCAAAGAGGUCAAAUAUAACGCAACAGUGAAGUGUGAGAGGAUGAAGUCGAUGAAGACUCGCCGGCGCCCCGAGUCUUGUCACGCUUACCAUCCUAAGGAAAAUACCAAGCACUGUGGGGGAGCGUCUGCCAUCUCGCUGUGUGUGUCCCUCUUUGUGCUCUGCCUGUGCACUACUCUCCUGGGUAUACGGUGACACACACACACACACACACACUCCCACAUUUCCAGGAGCUUCUGGGAGAUGCCCACAGGGCAAAGGCACGCUUGCAUGAUGUCAUACACACUGCUUCAUUUAAUCCCUCUGCAAAGGAUUGCUUAUUUUCACCUGAAAGACUUGUGUGGUCAUAUACACACACACACACACACACACACACACACACACACACACAGAAGAGGAAAUCCAGAGAUGGUGUGUGUUUGAUGUGGGUCACUCUUGAUUCUUGUCCUCACACACGAACACACACACACACACACACACACAGAAGAGGAAAUCCAGAGAUGGUGUGUGUUUGAUGUGGGUCAGUCUUGAUUCUUGUCCUCAGAUAGAGACACACGAACACACACACACACACACAGAGAGAGACACGGUGACAAAGACUCUAGCUUCAUGGCCUUGUUUGGUCAAUGCUGUCCCAUCCCACUGGACGAGUCCUAAUAAGGAUUGUGUUUCCUGUUUCACACAUAGCCAAUCAUCUGUCUGAACUCUGGGUCCUCCUUAGGACACGUAUAUAAGGAUUGUGUUUCCUGUUUCACACAUAAUCAUCUGUCUGAACUCUGGGUCCUCCUUAGGACACGUAUAUAAGGAUUGUGUUUCCUGUUUCACACAUAAUCAUCUGUCUGAACUCUGGGUCCUCCUUAGGACACGUAUAUAAGGAUUGUGUUUCCUGUUUCACACAUAGCCAAUCAUCUGUCUGAACUCUGGGUCCUCGUUAGGACACGUAUAUAAGGAUUGUGUUUAUUCUGCAUGUGGAAUUCCCUUUAUCUAUGGGGUUAAUGGGCGGACUAGAUUUGGAUAUCCAAUCAGACUCCUUGCAAGGACUUGACCCUCAUCCCAUUAUGUUUUGUGUCGACUUCCACGCCAUCAGGACACAAACAUGUCUUAUGCCUGAGUCAUGUUCCCUACGUAUAAAAAACAACAUGUCCGUUUCAAACGUCGGUCUGUUUUGUCCAUCUGUGACCUUUUGUGCAAUAUCGUGGAUGAAACGAAUGCAGAGUGUGUAUGUGUAUAUGUAUGUGCAUUCGUAUUUAACAUUGAUCAUAAAUUAGCCUUUAGCCUGUAGAUCGCUGUGUGUGUGUAGGUUUAAGUUAAAUCCCCCCUGUUGACUGGCCAUUGAGGAGACUGUAUUUGUGUAUAGUGUGUACUGUAUGAGGACCCUAUAGACAUUCCUAGUGUCCUCAACACCACAUCCCUCCCCUCUCCAGAUCAUCCUGAGCUGCCAAGAUGUCUCCUAGUCCGUUUUUGACCUUUCAUCUUAGCCGUUCAGAGGUCACUUUGCUCUAAUGUCUAUUGUGCAAUGCCAAUCCAGCACGAUGUCAUAGAUUCCGGUGUGAUGUCAUUCAUUUGGAGGUGAUGUCACAGAGGUCGAUGUUAUGUUAUGUCACGCACACACUGGCUUUCUCCCACUUCACCCUUAGUGUGUUGUAUUGGCCAUGAAGUCUUGCAAAAUGCUGUGACGUCUCCGACAGGAUACCAUAACAUCUCACCAAGAACAAUAAGUAGAACUGCAACGGCAAAAAAUAUCCCUCUAGCGCUAUAGUAAUGGUUCUUGGUGUGAGCGGCCCUUUAGGAUGCUCCACCACGGGCCUUCUGGGGCUUCCCUGUGGAUGGAGAGACUGGAGGAGAGUCCACAAACGGCCCUUCUGGCUAUGCUGUUGCCUUGGUUACAGGGCACUGAUCCAUGACGGCUCUGGGGUGAUCGUGAUCUCAACGUGCUGCUCUCCUCUCCUCUCCUCCGUGUACAGCUGAAAAUCGAAAUCGCAAUUUGAACAAAUGCAAUUAGCAAAUCGUGAAGGUUGCCCAAGAAGUAAUAUCGGCCAUUUUUAAAUGUAUUAUAAAGUGAAUAUUGAACUGAAGCUUGAUUUUAAAAAUGUAUCAGAAAACCAUUCAGCCCACCUCAGUGUGUGUGUGUGUGUGUGUGUGUGUUGCCCUCCUCCUUCACACUCGCCCCUGUGUCUGUCCCACUCUGGGGCCUGGAAAGGAAGGCAUUUUACACGUUACCAUGACAGCUGGUUUUUAAUACUGUCUCAUGAGGGUUCUGUGGCUGCUGCCAUGGUAACUUGAGCAUCUGGACUGUGACUACUGAACUACUUUUUGUGUUUACUCUGUUGCUAUGGAAACCUAGUAUAGUAGCGUACUCUUCAGCAGGCAUACUGUAUGAUACUGCACUGCUUUACGACCUUUGAUUCUGUCAUACCAAAUAAACUUCCCCUUGACAACA